GACGGCGAGGAUGGCCCCUCGGACCUCGCCGAGCUCGCCGCCGGCCACCUCCUGGCGCCCGCGGGGCAGGCCGAGGGCCCCGCAGCUUCCGGCGGGAGCGCCGAGAGGCUGCGCCUCGCGGCGCGGCUGGACGACCUGGCCGCGCGGGUGUCGCGCAACGGCUUCCAGGUCGUGGACCUGAAG